AUGGAUCGUCGACACCUUAAUUUAGUUAGAACUUUAAAAACCAUUGCAUUCCAUUGGAUUCUUAUUAGUUUCAUUCUUUUAUUAUUACAUAAUUUUACUGUUUAUGGUCUGCAAAAAUCACAAUAUUCGAGUAACAGAAAUGAGCUGUUAGAACAUUGCCACAUCCCAACUUAUGAUGAUACAUUUUUAAUUAAAGAAAAAGAGCCUUUUACAACUGAAGUAGUCGAUUAUUCAAUUCAUAUAAAUAUAAUUGAUAAUAACUUGUUAUCUACCUUACAAAUAUUUUUGAAAUCUGAAAAGUUGUAUGACGUGAAUCCAAAGAUAUCCGCUCAUGAAUUAUUCAAGAUCCUUCCGCAAUUAAAAAAUCAUGUUAAACAAUAUCCUUAUCAACUUCAUUCUCCUUUAAAAAAACUAGUCGAUUGGUUGGAAAAAGGAUUUGAUUCGACAUUAAUACAAAUGAAUAAAAUGAUUGAUAAGCAUGAAAUCUCAUUUAAAAAUUUGUGGUAUUUGUUUCCAAGCGGAUCUCAAGUAUAUGCAAAAUUAAAUGGAAAACUAUUUGGUUCUCGAGUUACAAAAUGGGAAUAUAAGUCUUAUUCUGGUACACAAUACUUUGUUAUUACUGGUGAAUUUAUUAAUUCAGAUGGUCAUGAAUUUGUGUAUAUUGAUAAAACUUGGCAUAUUGAACAAUUUGACGGUGUAUUAAAUAUUACUAAACUUCCAGUAGUUCCUUUACAAAAAAAAUGUGAAAUACGUGAUGAAUUAGUAAAACGUGGUAAAAAAUUCGAACUGUUUGCCAUUGGUCCUCAUUAUCUUAGAUAUUCUGGAAAUUUUUUUUACAAAUCUUGGUUUAUAUCCACUUAUUCCAGAGGUGAUGGACGUAUAAUGAUUGAUGCUUCAACUUUUAAUAAAAUCAACCCAAAUUAUGAUAUGGGUCUUGCAAAACACAAUUUUGAAAAUCUUCAAUAUAAUUAUAAUUACAAUACUCGACCUAAACCAUUUUUAAAAAGAAAAAUUAAAGAGGAAGAACUUUACAUGUGUUCUCCUACAUUUUUUGGUUUCAGUUUUACUGCUAAAAUAUGGGGUCAAUUUUAUGUUGAUCAAGUGGAUGAAAUUAAAUUUGAUGACGAUGCGUUUGAUAAUUUAAUAAUGGAUACUAAUAAGAAAGACAUUAUUACGAGUUUGAUAAAAUCCGAACUUUCUGGAGGAUUGGAUUUCAUUAGUGGUAAAGGUGGUGGUUGUAUUUUCUUAUUACAUGGACCUCCUGGAGUCGGUAAAACAUUAACUGCUGAAGCUAUUUCUGAAUAUCUGCAUCGCCCGUUAUAUGCAGUCAGUGUUGGCGAAUUAGGCGUAACUCCUAAAGAAUUAGAAAAGAAAUUAAGUGAAAUUCUUGAAGUUGCAAGUGCUUGGAAUGCUAUCAUUCUCAUUGACGAAGGUUUGUGUGGCGUUACUCUUAAAAAUGAUGUGAACCGUAAUGCUUUGGUGGGAAUAUUCCUAAGAUUAUUAGAAUAUCAUAAAGGAAUUCUCUUUCUUACAACCAAUCGUGUUGAAAGUUUUGAUAAGGCUUUUUAUUCCAGGAUUAGUUUAAUCUUAAAAUAUGACGACCUUAACGAAUCAGCACGUGCCCAAAUUUGGCGUGCUUUCUUGGAUCGUGCCGAUGGUAAAGAUAAUAGUCAAGUUGAUGUUGAUAAAUUAAAACAACUACAAUUGAAUGGUAGGGAAAUCAAAUCUGCCAUUCGACUAGCAAAGGCUCUCGCUACAGUAUCAGAUCCUGGUGCCAUUAUCACUAUGCAGCAUUUAGAAAAAAUCUUGAAUAUUUUCGCAGAGAAUCUUGAAUAA